CGAGUCACUCACUUAAGAUAAAAGCAGCUCAAGAACAACUUUACGCGCGAAGUCAAGGUGAGACAGCAGAGACACGGGCUAAGAUGAGAGCGCAGAUCCAAAAAGCCCCAGCGCAGAUCCUCGAUGUGCUGAAGAACAAGUCGGUCGGGCUGCAGCACUGCAAGCCAACAUCCUCGGUGUGUGUGCUGGACUCGAAAGAUGCUGUGCCUUGCCCUGCACACACUUUCCAGUCCAUCCCGGGCCCAACAAACUGGCCCCUUCUGGGGAACCUCUUUGACAUCCUACGUAGAGGAGGCUUAGCAAAACAACAUCAGACAGUGAUGGAUUACCAUAAGAAAUUUGGCAAAAUCUUCCGGAUGAAAAUGGGCUCGUUUGAAUCAGUGAACAUUGGUGCACCUUGCUUGCUAGAAGCGCUGUACAGGAAGGAGGGUAACUAUCCCCAGAGACUGGAAAUCAAACCCUGGAAGGCAUACAGAGAUCUGCGGGACGAGGCUUACGGACUUCUCAUCUUAGAGGGAAAGGAUUGGCAGAGAGUGAGAAGCACAUUUCAACAGAAAUUCAUGAAACCAACUGAAGUUGUGAAACUCGAUAGGAAAAUGAAUGAGGUUUUAGCCGAUUUCCUUAAUAGGAUUGGAGAGGUUAAUGUGAACGGGAAGAUCAGUGACUUGUAUUUUGAGCUGAAUAAGUGGUCAUUUGAAACCAUCUGUUAUGUGCUCUAUGACAAACGAUUUGGGAUUUUGCAAGAAAACGCCAAUGAGGAGGCAACUGACUUUAUCACAGCGAUAAAAACGAUGAUGAACAUGUUUGGCAAGAUGAUGGUGACUCCAGUUAGUCUCCACAAGAGCCUGAACACAAAGACAUGGCAAGACCAUACAGCUGCUUGGGACUGUAUUUUUAAUACAGCUAAAAUCUACAUUGACAAGAAGUUGAAAAGACACUCAAGUGGAGAAACUGAUGGCUUCCUUAGUGAUAUCUACCAUAACUGUCCCCUCACCAAGAAGGAGUUGUAUGCAGCAAUAACUGAGCUCCAGAUUGGCGGUGUGGAGACAACAGCCAACAGCGCAUUAUGGGCUAUUUUCAACCUCUCGCGGAACCCCCAUGCUCAGGACAAGCUGUUGAAGGAGAUCAGAGAGGUGGUGCCCCCUGGACAGGUUCCAAGUGCUGAGCACAUUAAGAACAUGCCAUAUCUUAAGGCAUGUCUGAGGGAGUCCAUGAGACUUUCACCCUCCAUCCCUUUUACAAGCCGAACUUUGGACAGAGACACUGUACUCGGGGAAUACAGUUUGCCUAAAGGGACAGUUUUGAUGAUUAACAGCCAAGCACUAGGGUCUAAUGAGGAGUACUUUGACAAUUGGAAGCAGUUCAUGCCAGAACGGUGGAUCGAGAAUAAAACCUCUAUCAACCCAUUUGCCCAUGUUCCUUUUGGCAUCGGCAAGAGGAUGUGUAUCGGCCGACGCCUGGCUGAGCUACAGAUACACCUCUCACUGUGCUGGUUAAUUCGUGAUUAUGAGAUUGCAGCAACAGAUUAUGACCCAGUGGAAGCUAUCCAUACCGGAACACUGGUGCCCAAUCGAGAACUUCCCGUGGCUUUCAUCCGGCGAUAAGACUGCUUCAAUAUCGUGUGGAAACAAAACUCCAUAGCCUUUGGUCAGAAGUAUUCAGAAGGCUUGAUUUUGCUGCUACUCUGCUGCUAAGCAUCAGAAUGUAUUUAUCUGAUUACUUAAAAUAUACCUCAGAUUAUUAAUAUUUAGCUUACAUUGUAACAGUUUAGGGAUAGACAUAAAUGUACAUACAGUAUAUUCCAUGUGACUUUAUAUUACAAUAUCAUAGUAAUCAUUAGCCAUCAGUUUAGAUGACCAAAUUGAGUCAUUAAAAAUCAAUUUCAUAAUACUGGCGACAUCCUACCUAUAAAAUAAUUAUUUUGUAAGCUGACAUUUAAAAUGCCAUAUUAUCUGUACACCAAAAUCCUUCAAUGUACUAUAGCUUUAGAGUAUGUGUUUAAACUGUGUAAAAUAUGUAAAACUUGGAGCGUCUGAAAAUAGUGUUCUUAUAUAUGUUGUAUAUAGAUUAAAUAUAUCACAAAGGUAAUGAUAUUUAUACAUAACAAUUACAGUGUUACCAAUGUAUUUUUUUAAUGCAUCAUCUUUGGGAAAUAAAUUAAUACAGUAAAUGUAUACAAAAUGGC